CCACGCUGACCUCGGCACGCUCAGCCUGACCACAGCCAGCCCGGCAAUGACAGCGACCUCGCAGGCCCCUGACUAUGGUCCGGAGGAGGCCGCCUCCGAGGUGCCCACGGCGCCCACGGGCGAGGAGCAGGCGCCCACGGCAACCCCUGAGGCUCCUGCCCCCACGGCCCCGCAGGCCCCUGACCAUGGUCCGGAGGAGCCCGCCUCCGAGGUGCCCAUGGCGCCCACGGGCGAGGAGCAGGCGCCCACGGCAACCCCUGAGGCUCCUGCCCCCGAAGCCACUGAGCCUGCACCUCGAAGUGAAGACGUGCCCAGUGCCCCCCUGCAGCUGACCAUCGAGGACGUGAGCGACAGCUCGGUGACCGUGAGCUGGGAGCCUCCGGAGAGGCUGGGGAGUCAGGGCCUCCAGGGCUACGUGCUGGAGCUCCGCAAGGAGGGAGCCUCGGAAUGGGUGCCCGUGAACGCCCGGCCCAUGAUGGUGACCCAGCAGACCGUGCGGAACCUGGCCCCGGGAGACAAGUUCUUCCUGCGCGUGGCCGCCAUGAACCUUGCGGGGGCAGGCCCCCCCGCGACGCUGGACCAGCCCAUCCACAUCCGGGAGAUCAUCGAGGCCCCCAAGAUCCGUGUGCCCCGCCACCUGCGUCAGACCUACAUCCGCCAGGUGGGAGAGAUGGUCAACCUGCAGAUUCCCUUCCAGGGGAAUCCCAAGCCUCAAGUCUCGUGGACCCACAACGGCCAAGCUUUGGACAGCAAGAGAGUGAGCGUGCGCACCGGAGACCAGGACUCCAUCCUCUUCAUCCGCUCGGCCCAGCGCUCAGACUCAGGCUGCUACGAGCUCACUGUGCGGCUGGAAACCCUGGAGGCCCGGGCGGCCAUCAACAUCCUGGUCAUUGAGAAGCCCAACCCGCCCAGCAGCAUCCGGCUCGUGGACGUCUGGGGCUGCAAUGUGGCCCUCGAAUGGACGCCGCCCCAGGACACCGGCAACACUGAGCUCCUGGGCUACACGGUGCAGAAGGCGGACAAGAAGACACAGCAAUGGUUCACCGUGCUGGAGCGCUACCACCCGACCACCUGCACCGUCUCCGACCUCAUCGUGGGCAACUCGUACUCCUUCCGGGUCUUUUCGGAAAACCUAUGUGGACUCAGUGACUCGCCCGCCGUCACCAAGGAGCUGGCUCACAUCCGGAAGACAGAUAUUGUUGCCAAACUUAAAGAGUUUGUUGAGAGAGACUUCUCAGAAGCCCCUUCCUUCACCCAGCCCCUGGCUGAUCACACCACCACCUCCGGCUACAGCACCCAGCUCUCCUGCAGUGUCCGGGCGUCACCCAAGCCCAAGAUCAUCUGGAUGAAGAACAACAUGAACAUCCAGGGGGACCCCAAAUACCGCACCUUCUCUGAGCAAGGCGUCUACACCCUGGAGAUCCGGAAACCCAGCCCCUUUGACUCCGGGGUCUACACCUGCAAGGCCGUCAACAUGCUGGGGGAGGCGUCUGUGGACUGCCGGCUGGAGGUCAAAGCCUUAGCCACACACUGAAGCGCGGGGAGGAGGCGGCUGUGAUGGAGACACAGGUGCUGUGGGCCUGAGGGGUCAGGGCCGCCAGGCCCAUAUCCGCGCCAGGAGUCUCCAGACCCCUCUCUGUUGUGACGACGGACAGCUCUGCUCCCGGGCCCAGCCCCACCUCCCUCCGCCCCAGGCUGCGGCCCAGUGCCCAGGAGCGGGCCUGGCAGGCCCCGGGACGGGCUUGCUGGGCACAAGGGCCCUGGACGGCGCCAAGAUGGCUGAGCCCUGCAAGGCGUCGCAUGCUGGGCAGGAAACAGCAAAUAAAGGUGCACGUGUGCUGUCG